AUGAAAUUUCUUACUGUUUUCAUUUUUCUGCUAACUGUUCAUGAGUUUAUUGGGCAACAAGCUGUCGAAAGAAUAUUUGGUGGUUCAGAAGCACCUGUCGGUGCAUUCCCUUGGAUGGUUACAAUACGUUUUCAUGAUGUACAGCCAUCCAAUCGCAUAAUCGAUAUAUGUGGCGGUUCUAUCAUCUCUGAUAUAUUUGUACUUACUGCCGCCAGUUGUUUUUUUGAUGCUCACACCGAAUAUUUCAAUCAAUUUUCAAUCAAAGCUGGUGUACACAAUAUUAUUAAUGAUACUGAGAAUUUAGAGCAAACUCGUACAGUUUCUCAUAUAAUUGUACAUCCAAAUUAUAAUUCUAAGCUAUUUUUAAACGACUUGGCACUUGUACGUGUCUCGCCUCCAUUGAAUAUGAAGGCAUUGAAUCUGGACAGUAUUUCAUUGUCAAAUCUAACAUCAGUCGAAGAUAUAGAUCUUGUGACAAUAGGUUGGGGAAUUUUGAAUCAAUCAAAUCCAACAGUAGCGGCAACAUUUUUACAACAAGCAAUUGUGCAAGAGAAUGCUGAUUGUACUAAAAAUAAAAUGAGUAAUUCAACCACACAACUUUGUGCAAAUGGGACAUGUUCACGUGACAGUGGUGGCCCUUUGAUGGUCUAUUCAAAUGAUAGUGCACAAUAUGAAUUAGUUGCGAUCACAAGUUUUCGCAAUGCAUGCACUACAGAAGGUUUAUUUACACGAGUAAUACCAUUUGCCGACUGGAUAUUGAAUAUACUAAAGGCUCCACCCGCAACACCACCGACAAGAACGACGACUAUUCAGUCUACUACAACUACUGGUCAACCAAUUUCAUUUGUUUGCAACACAAGUUAUUCAUGUGGUUGCUCACCUACCCCAGUUGUCUUUCAUGAUGGACCCUCUUUUGUUCGUCUUCAUAAGCAAGGACGAAUCGUCGGUGGUGAGACAGCCCAACCACAUAGUUGGCCAUGGGCUGUCUCUAUUCAACUAUUCAAUAUGCAUCGCUGCGGUGGAACUCUGAUUAAUGAUGAAUGGGUAUUAACUGCUGCUCAUUGUUCACUGCUUAUUAUCUCUACCGUUCACAUUGGUAUUCAUAAUCGUCACUUACCAUCAUAUCAGAUUCGCAAUGUCAGUAAAGUAAUUCAACAUCCAGAUUAUGUUUCUCCACCACAACAUAUUAAUGAUAUUGCUCUCAUUCAACUUUCAUCACCUGUCGAUCUCACGUCAUCUGGUAAUCUUGCCGGUAUCGCCUGUUUGCCUUCACAGUCGACUGAUCUGAAUUACCCAACGACUGGCACUCGUUUAGCAGUUAUAGGAUGGGGUGUAUUAGCGGAGAAUGGUGGGUUACCUGAUGAAUUACAGCAAGUGCGUGUAAGGAGUUUGGCUAAUGACGAUCCAAGAUGUGUAAAAACAGCUUACGAUAGAGAGCGACAAUUUUGUGCUAUGAUUGACGGCGGUGGAAAAGACUCAUGUCAAGGUGAUAGUGGUGGUCCGAUUCAUCAAUGGUUAGACGAUCAUUGGGAACAAGUGGGUAUCGUUAGUUUCGGUAAUGGUUGCGCCGGAGAAAAUAGCCCUGGUGUGUACACUCGCUUAUCAAGGUACCGUGAUUGGAUUGCAACAACUAUUAAUCAAAUUGAUACUACAACGAGUACACGCUUAACGCAAACAUCAUCAUCAACAACAGCAUCACAACCAACAAUAUCACCAGCAACAACAUCAAAGCCUAUUAUUGUUGAUAUGACAACUACUGUCAAAAAUUAUGAGAGUCGAUCUAAAGCAUUGAAAGAAAAUAUUUCUACAUCAUCAUAUCAGCAGUUGAAAUUUUCAAAACCAACAGCUAUUGGUGUGGUGAUGGAAACGUUUAUUUUCUAUUAG